AUGGCCGGAUGCCAUAUGAGAUUUCCCCAAAAUGUCUUUGGGGAGCGGUUUCUAAAGUGCUCCCAAGAGGAGCUACAAGAGAAACUGCCAUCUAUGGUAAGUGUCCAGAUGGGUUGGUCCUCAGUAAAACUCAUCUCAGUCAUGGUGAUGGCUGGUAACAAGUCCGACGGUAGUCCAUGCCUCUCAAUAAGUAGACGAGUGUCUCCUUGGAGAAGCUGGGCUACCGUCAAGCAAGGCCAAGAAGAUGUGAAAGUGGUAAAACAGGCCAAUAGUGUGUCCUCUAGCCAAGUGUCGUACCAGGCACUGAUCUCGCCUCGCCCCACUCGCCAACGAAUAAGAGGCACCAUCUCCAACCAAUGUCACUGCCAGUCUGCCCAUCGUUUGACUCCUUUGAUGUCAGCCGGCUGUCAAGCCCACUCACCAUAUUUGGCUGACACAAAAGUACCUAGCACCGAUGGUGUGGUCCUCAUCCUCCAAAUGAGUUUCUUUUGAAGCAUGUUAAAUACAUUUUGAGGGCGCCUAAUACCUAGGCCACCCUCAUCCGUAGGUCGACAUGCUUUCUCCUAAGAAACUCGGCGUUGACGACGAGGUCCCUCAAGUUGUCCAUCCCAAAGGAAGGACGUACAUAUCCGUCUAAUAGUUUGUAAGACGGUGUCUGGUAUCUCAUGGACUGCCAAAAGGUGUAAUGGUAUGCUCAUGAGAACAUGGCGUAUCAACUGGAUCCAUCCUCCAGGGGAUAGAAGUUGUAACUUCCAUCUUGCUAGUUUCUUCCUUAACUUGCCCACUAGGGUGUCAAAAUAGUGUAUGCGCCUACGACCGAGGAAGAUAGGACAUCCUAGAUAGUCAAAAGGUAAGUGUCCACGAGAGAACCCCGUUAGGCCCUGGAUGCGUCGUAUGGUCCCUAUGGGGGUAGAAGGGCGUCGUAUGGUCCCUAUUGCUUGGACAACUUGAGGGACCUCGUCGUCAACGCCGAGUUUCUUGGGAGAAAGCAUGUCGACCUACGGAUGAGGGUGGCCUAGGUAUUAGGCGCCCUCAAAAUGUACUUAACAUGCUUCAAAAGAAACUCAUUUGGAGGAUGAGGACCACACCAUCGGUGCUAGGUACUUUUGUGUUAGCCAAAUAUGGUGAGUGGGCUCGACAGCCGGCUGACAUCAAAGGAGUCAAACGAUGGGCAGACUGGCAGCGACAUUGGUUGGAGAUGGUGCCUCUUAUUCGUUGGCGAGUGGGGCGAGGCGAGAUCAGUGCCUGGUACGACACUUGGCUAGAGGACACACCAUUGGCCUGUUUUACCACUUUCACAUCUUCUUGGCCUCGCUUGACGGUAGCCCAGCUUCUCCAAGGAGACACUCGUCUACUUAUUGAGAGGCAUGGACUACCGAGCAGGCCACAGUAGCCGAAGCCACGAUGGCCGUGGCGGCUCAGUCUCAGGCCCAGCCGGCCGAGGUUGCGCGGAACACGGUCGUGCCAGACAAGACCGCGCAGCCCAAGGGUCCGAAGGCUAAAGCUUGUAGGACCCAACCACCGGCCCAGACUAAACCGGCCCAGACCAAGCCAGCCCAGGCCUCACCGGCCCAGACCCCACCGACCCAGGCCCCAACGGCCCAAACCGCUCAGGCCCGGACCGCUCAGGUCCAGGCCGCUCAGGUCCAGACUGAGCUGGACCAGCACACCCAAUCACAGCCCACCCAGGCCCCAGACCUACUAGCCCAAACCUCUGAAACCGGAGCUGCUCAGGCCCAAGCCAAGCUAACCCAGCCCACCCAAGCCCCAGCCAAGUCUUGGGCCCAACGACUAGUAGGACAACAACCCACUCCUACAGUGGCAAAUACACCGAGAUGCGAACUACACCCCACUUAUGCUGAUGGAAUACCGUCACGGGGUUACACUAAUGAAGGGGGAAUGAGAACAGUCUCAUUUUCUUCGAAUGAGGUCUCCCAACUGGCGGAGGCCUUCCAAUUUUCAUUGAUAGGGCGUUUCUCUACGAAACGUCCCCACCUAGAUGAUAUUUAUAGGAUCUAUUUGGCCCCAGGACAUUUUCAGGGUAAGGUAGUCAUCGGUGCCCGUGAUUAUCGGAGCGUCUUUAUCCGUUUUGAGCUCGAGGCUGACUAUCGGAAAGCUUGGAGUCGGACCACAUGGGAGAUUCAGGAUACCAUUAUGCAUACAUAUAGAUGGACCCCACAGACAGACGGUAUUUCCCGAGGGAAACAACCGCACUCCAUUCCAGUUUGGAUAG